GCGGAGGAGGAGGAGGAGGAGGAGGCAGUCGCCGCUAACUCGACCCCUCGCGCGUCCGUCGGAGGCGGAGCGGGCGGAGCGGGCGGAGGAGGAGGUGGUGGAGGAGGUGGUGGAGGAGGUGGUGGAGGAGGUGGAGGAGGAGGUGGAGGAGUUGGAGGAGGUGGAAGUCCGGGCGAAGGACUCAACCUUUAUGACACCCGGAGCGAGGCAAGCCAGUCGCCCGUGUCGGACUCGUUCAGCCGCUCGGAGUCACGGUCGCUGAGUCCUGUGUCGGCGGACUCUAGAGAUUUGUCCCACAGGAGGAACAUCUCACCAAUUGUCUAUGAUCGGAGUGAAGACUCGGGGGGAGAAACGGAUUCAGACUCGAGGAAGAGUCACAAGGAGAAGUUGCCAUCGUCAGUUCGUGCCGUGCGAAGAGAUGUGACUUCUCGCCUGAGACAGCUUCUGGAGGAUGCAAAAUUCUUCCUGAUCAAAAGUAACAAUUAUGAGAAUGUCGCUCUCUCUAAAGCCAAGGGAGUGUGGUCCACUCUUCCCGCCAACGAGAGGAAACUGAACUCAUCCUUCCGGGACUUCCCAUCGGUGAUCCUCGUUUACUCCGUCAGGGAGAGCGGCAAGUUCCAGGGCUUCGCCCGUCUCUGCUCCGAGUCUCGGCAUGGAGGCUCGCCCGUGCCCUGGAUGCUGCCGUCCGGUCUUAGCGCUCGUGCGCUCGGAGGAGUCUUUAGGGUCGACUGGCUUUGCAGACAGGAGCUGUCUUUCACCAAGACGUGCCACCUCUACAACCCGUGGAAUGACGGCAAGCCAGUGAAGAUCGGCCGAGAUGGUCAGGAGAUUGAGCCCACAGUCGGCGCCCAGCUGUGCCAUCUUUUCCCCGUCGACGACUCGGCCGAGGUCAGCCACGUCCUCAACAAGGCCACCUGCCAAUACCGACACCACCACCGCCACCACCGCCAGCAUCACCCGCAGCAGCAGCAGCAGCAGCAGCAGCAGCAUCACCCUCAGCAGCAGCCGCCACCGCAGCAUCAUCCGCAGCAUCAGCAGCCGCGUGUCUCUUCGCCGCUCCAGCACCACCGACACCACCACCACCAGCAGCAGCAGCAGAGCGGCAGCGGCGGCUCCGGCAGGGCCGCCGGCGCCGUCGGCGGCCCUCCGCUCCUCUCGACUCCGUCCGGUUCUCACCACCACCACCAGCAGCAGCACCACCGGCCGGCGGCUUCCGCCGGAGGUCGAGGAGCAUCGGCGUCGGCGUCUUCGGCGUCGUCGGCGUCGGCGGCUGCCCCCUACCGGCACUCGUUGGGUCUGCUGGGAUCGGCUCCGCACCACCACCAGCAGCAGCACCAGCACCAGCAGCACCACCCACAGGGGUUUUCCGCUUCAUCGUCCUUCGGAGGCUCCGCCGCCGCUGCCGCCGGAGGAGGCGGAGGAGGAGGAGGCGGUGGAGGCGGAGGAGGAGGAGGCGGUGGAGGAGGCGGAGGAGGAGGAGGCGGUGGAGGAGGAGGAGGAGGAGCCGCCUACGGCUUUUUUGGCCGUGGCGAGCCUUCGUCCGGCCUGCACAGCCCCGUCUACCACCACCACCACCAGCAGCAGCAUCAGCAUCAGCAGCAUCAUCAGCAGCAUCAGCAGCAUCAGCAGCAGCAGCAGCAGCAGCAUCUAGCCGGCCAGCGAAUGAGAACGUCCGGCCUACGUUCGGCCAGCGGGCCCGUGGGAAGGCGCCGUGUCUACGAGGACGAGGCUGAUGACCUCCCAAGCCGCAAGCGACAACGCCAAGAAUAUGCAGCCAGACACGGUAGCUACAUGACCUACAGCGACAUGGAGCGGCGCUUUGGAGGCGUUCGAAGGGAGAUAUUACUGAGUGGGUCUUACAAGGACUAUAUGCGUGAAUACAGUCGUAGCAUUGGACCCCCUCACAACUGGCAUGGAGGGGACUACGACUCCCGUGUGGACGACUUCCUCCGUCGCACGCAAACCCUCGGUGACUUGGGCAAGAGGGCUGCAGACGUCUCCCGCAGGGAGCGAGAGAGGGGGAGAGAGAGGGGGAGAGACAGGGAGAGAGACAGGGAGAGAGACAAGGACAAAUACAGACACUGAGAGAGACACAGAGAGACAGAGAGAGACACAGAGACACAC